AUGUCAUAUAAAGGAUCUACACAAGUAAAAUCAUGGAUAUUCACAAAACAGGAAUUAGAGCAACAAAGAAACUCUGUUAACAAUGCAUUUUGUGAGUCACUGAAAGCUGCAUCGGGUGUAAGCGAUACUUCUAAUCUUGUGACACCUUACGAAGAACAACAGCUCUUGUUUCACUAUAAAAAAAUGAUAAUGCAAAUAGGUCAACAAAUGAACUUACCAGAUGCUGUUUAUAUUCUACUUGAAGAGAUCAGUGAUGGAAGUCAAUCCCAAGCAGGCAAUGAAAGUUUACCACUGUAUGGUUUGCUAUUGGAUAUUAAUGAUCUCGUUGCAGGCAACCAACAUUCGAAAUGGCUAAACUCAUCAACCUUUACAUUCGAAACAAUCUAUGAAGCUGCAAAGAAAUUCGUAUUAAAAUCGGUUGUCACUGAUUGUUGUUUCCUCUAUCACCCAUAUCAAAUAGCAUUGGCAUGUCUAGAUUUAGCAUGGCCACCAUUUUCAAAAUUAUUAAUUAAAUCAAAGAAAGAUGAAAAGAAAACAAAGAAAUCGUCUUCGUCAUCAGGUAGCAAUAAGAAACAGAAAACAGAUAAACAAUCUCCAGUAAACUUGAGUUCACCUACUACAACGGAUGGAAAUAGCAAUACAACAUCGGAUCCUAUGGCAGUAGAUGUACAAACUACAACUCAAUAA